CUCGUUGUUGUGGUCUCCGGUUAUUUGCACGACUUUUUCUUUUUUACAAAUUUUUGUUUUUCUUCUUCUUCAGCUGUCGUUCGUUACAGGCACAGGAUGUCUUCACUUCUUUUCAUCACCGGCCUGCUUGCGGGCAUGGCUGAAGCCUAUACCCAGGUCAACGUUGCCUCUCCUUUCAUGACCAAGAACAUCGACCCGAUCGUCUUCCCCGGCCAGUAUGACAAGUCCCAUCUGCACUCCUUCUUCGGCUCCGACGCUGUCACCGUCAACACCAACACUAGCGCCGAGCUUCAGAAGGGGUGCACCAACGCCGAGAACCCUAAUGAUUUGUCCGUAUACUGGAUCCCCACGCCUCUCUACACAGCCGAUGGCGGCAAGACCUACGCACCCAUGCCCGUCUCACGCUUCAGCGCCUACUAUAACCUCGGCGAGACCCCGGCCGAGGUCGCCAUCCCCCAGAAUCUGAAGAUGGUCGCCGGCGACGGCGAGGCCCAGACCCAGGAUGCGAUGAUCGCCGGAGCCCAGUCCUCAUGGGGCUGCGAGAACGGGGGCGGCGAGAGCCUUGACGCCAACGGUUUCCCCAGCACGACCUGCGGCACUCACGUGCAUCAGCUUCUCUUCUUCCCCCAGUGUGUCAACACCGAGACCCUCGAGACCGCCUACAAAGACCGCCGCGGCGGCAGCUGCCCGGGUGGCAUGAAAUCGAUGCCCCAGCUCCGGUUCUCCAUCCGGUACGACGUGCGUAAGGUCCUCCCCAAUGGCUGGACCGGCACCGCGCCCUUCAAGCUCGCCUGCGGCCCUGCAUGGUGCUCCCACGGCGACUUUAUCAACGGCUGGACCGAGGAGGCCGCGACGAACAUGAUUGCCACCACCAAAGACAAGAUGAAGUUUUCUGCCGUAAACGGCGCUCUCGGGGAUGCCGGCUCCGGCCCUACCUGCAAGGCUAAAGACGCCGACCCCGCCCACGGCACCGGCGAUUACGCUAAGAGCGUUGCCGCUAUGAGCAAGCGCGAUGUUGAUUCUUGGGGGUGGGCCUCCAAGUCGCGAUUCGUUCGUGUAUAGUCCGAACACGGGGGAAAUGGGCGGCAGUGAGGUUAUGCAUAGGCCAAGUGGGUUAAUCUUUCUUUGUAACAUAGUAUUUUCAACGACGAAUA